AAUUGAAGUUAUCUCAACAGACAACGGUUACAUACCAGCAUGAUGUCUGAGGGCAGUUCUUUUAUGAAAGGCUUGAUCCUAGGGGGUAUAUUCUGCCUGGUGAUGACUUAUUUUGAGACCUUUAAUCCAGGAGUCCACUCAAAAAGUCAUCAGCAUCUUCACCAUCAUCUGAAACCCCUCAGCAAAGAUGAACUACAAAAGUUAUCAGAGAGUCAGAUGUCUGAUCUCACCCAGAAGGUUCGAGUGUACUGUCUCAUCAUGGUCACUCCCAAGCUCCUGGUCCACUGGGCGACAGCCAACGACACUUGGAGCAAACACUGCGACAAAUCCGUGUUCUACACGUCCGAAUCUUCCAAAGCUCUAGAUGCGUUUGACCUACAGGAGCAGGAUGAGUGGGCUAGGCUGCGCAAAGCCAUCAAACACGCCUAUGAGAAUGCCGGCGACCUACGCUGGUUCUUCGUGGCCCGGCCCACCACAUUCGCAAUUAUAGAGAACCUCAAGUAUUUGGUUUUGGAUAAAGAUUCAAGCCAGCCGUUUUACAUUGGCCACACGGAAAAGUCAGGAGAGCUGGAUUAUGUGGAGUACGACAGCGGGAUUGUGCUGAGCUACGAGGCAGUUAGGAGGCUGAUAGAGAUCUUCAAAGAUGAGGACAAAUGCCCAGAACGAGGACGUGCCUUGUGGAAGAUGCCCGAAGAAAAGCAGCUCGCCACCUGUCUGAAGUACAGUGGGGUGUUCGCUGAAAAUGGAGAGGAUGCGCAAGGCAAAGGGCUUUUCAACAAGAAGAGCACUAGCUCUUUGAUUUCCGACAGCAUGGGCCAAAACCCAGCCGACGUCGUGGAGGCCUGUUGUUCUGACAUGGCCAUCACAUUUGGAGGUAUGUCUCCGAGCCAGAUGCAGGUCUUGAUGUUUGGCGUCUAUAGACUCCGGCCGUAUGGACACGACUUUCAUGAUUCCUUGACAUUUCUGCCUCCUAAAGACUCCGAUAAUGACUGAUUGACUUCAUGGUUUCUGUAUUAGAACUGUUACUGUGACACAGAGCUGAAACGUUGAUGAUACUGGAUGCAGGGCUGAAUUAUCUGUGGUGUGUUAUGUGUACUUUCUGAUUGUGUGCGCUGAAGGUUGGUGCUGGUGUGUAAGAUGAGGGAUUUUUUCACCCUGCUUUCUGCUAAAAAUGUGCUCUGGUAAAAGCAAAAGGAUAACGGUUUGCAUACGAGCAUGAUUUAAUCAUGAGGGCCAAUAUAGGAUAAUUUUGUGCACUUGAUAAUAUUUUGAAUAAAAAUUUGCUAGAUUUAUGAAUGCCACAU